AUGGUUUGUCGGCUUGCAUUGGCCUGCGGACUGCUGGCAGCAGUGGCAGUGCAUGCAGCGCCCGCGGAACCGGCUCACCCCAUGGUGACUGAAGCGCCGGACGCUAGCCUCCUCCACAAGAGAGCCACCACUUGCACCUUCUCAGGCUCUGAGGGAGCGUCCAAAGUGAGCAAGUCCAAGACGGCUUGCUCCACCAUCUACCUGUCCGCCCUGGCUGUCCCCUCCGGUACCACCCUGGACUUGAAGGACCUGAACGACGGAACUCACGUCAUCUUCGAAGGCGAGACCACCUUUGGGUACGAAGAAUGGGAGGGCCCGCUCGUCUCCGUGUCCGGAACCGACAUCACCGUCGAGGGCGCAAGUGGUGCUGUUUUGAACGGCGAUGGCAGCCGCUGGUGGGACGGGGAGGGAGGUAACGGUGGCAAGACUAAGCCUAAAUUCUUUGCGGCCCACGACUUGACUUCCUCGACGAUCAAGAGCAUCUAUAUCGAGAACUCCCCGGUGCAGGUCUUCAGUAUCGAUGGUGCGACCGAUUUGACUUUGACGGACAUCACCAUUGACAACACCGAUGGUGAUACGGAUGAUCUUGCUGCUAACACCGAUGGUUUCGACAUUGGAGAGAGCACCGACAUUACAAUCACCGGAGCGAAGGUUUACAACCAGGAUGACUGUGUUGCCAUCAACUCUGGCGAGAACAUCUACUUCAGUGCCGGUGUGUGCUCCGGUGGCCAUGGGCUGUCCAUUGGCUCCGUCGGCGGUCGGGAUGAUAACACGGUGAAGAACGUCACCUUCUACGACGUCAAUGUUCUCAAGUCUCAGCAAGCUAUCCGUAUCAAGGCCAUCUACGGAGACACUGGUUCCAUUAGCGACAUCACCUAUCAUGAGAUAGCCUUCUCGGAUGCCACAGACUACGGUAUUGUCAUCGAGCAGAACUACGAUGAUACCUCUAAGACCCCAACCACUGGCGUCCCGAUCACGGAUUUCACCCUCGAGAACGUAAUUGGCACUUGUGCGGACGACGAUUGCACCGAGGUUUACAUUGCGUGCGGCAGUGGCGCCUGCUCGGACUGGAGCUGGUCCAGCGUGAGUGUCACGGGUGGUAAGGUCAGCUCGGAGUGCUUGAAUGUCCCCUCCGGGAUAAGCUGCGACUUGUAG